CAUUUGGCCGCGACGGUCGACGUUACGUCAUCGCCUGUGCGCCCGGAAGUGAUUGUCCGGGCUCCAGGGCAGGCCUUGAAAUCCGGGCCUACCCUGCACGGGCGGCGGAAUUAAGCAAAUCGAUGCAGUGCCGACCCGGUGACCAUGGCGGUGUUUCACGACGAGGUGGAGAUCGAGGACUUUCAAUAUGACGAGGACUCGGAAACAUAUUUCUACCCCUGCCCUUGUGGGGAUAACUUCGCCAUCACCAAGGAAGAUUUGGAAAAUGGAGAAGAUGUGGCAACGUGCCCUAGCUGUUCUCUCAUUAUAAAAGUGAUUUAUGACAAAGAUCAGUUUAUGUGUGGAGAAACAGUCCCAGCACCUUCAACCAACAAAGAGCUAGUUAAAUGCUGACGAAGCCCUCAGGAACUCCAAUCCUGAGAGCAGGGGAGGAGCCCAGGUGGAAGGGUGAGUGCAGUUACCAACCUCUUCCGUGGGUGUGGAUCAUCUUCAGCCGCUGAACUCGUCAUGGAAAAGCAAGCCUGUGUGUGACAUCUCAGACCUGGAUUUCAUGCUUACAUGGAAUUGGCAGGAUUCCUCAGUGUCCACCUGAAUGUGAGGAAGAGCCUUAUAAACUAGUGCUUUUUCCUUCUCUCAGUUGCGUCAUUUGAAUAUCUUAAAACUAACUCAUUUUCUGAAAG